AUGGUGGCCAAUUCCGACAUCGUUCUAAGCGGUUCACUGUGCGGAAACGUCGUCGAACUGCUUCCAAAACAGCUUUAUUUCGCAUCAUUCAAAGUACCUCCUCACAAAGCUGAUCCACAUGUUCGCUAUAUCGAUCUGGACAACCGUGUGCAUUAUGAGCCCUUCUAUGGCGAUUUCGGUCCACUUAACCUUUCCGUUUUGUACAGGUUUACGCGAUAUCUUCACGGUCUUGUCGAGAUCAUAUACCAAGGGGUGUCCGCGGAUGCGGCUUAUCUGCGCUUAGAAACAGCUCAACCUCCCAAGUUUAUUGGCUUCCGUGAUGCAGCACUCGGUGAACCGACUUAUCUGCUUCACUUGCACGACGUUCUGCGAGCUGUUGAGAAGGCGAUCAAUCUGAAAUGGUUUGACAUUGCGUCAUUUGAUGCAGAGGAAUAUGAACUUUAUGAACGCGUGGAGAACGGCGAUAUGAAUUGGAUUAUUCCUGGGAAAAUUCUCAGUUUCUGUGGCCCUCAUAAUGAAUCUCGUGUAGAAGACGGAUACCCGUACCACUCUCCUGAGACGUAUUUUGAAUAUUUCCAUGCAACUAAUGUCACAACAAUUGUGCGGUUAAACAUGCGAAUGUAUGAUGCGAAAAAGUUUACCGAUGCCGGAUUUGACCACGUGGAUUUAUUUUUUAUCGAUGGUAGCACCCCAUCAGAAAAAAUUGUGGAAAAUUUUAUACGGGUAGUUGAUAAUGCAAAAGGUGCUGUCGCUGUGCACUGCAAGGCUGGUCUCGGGCGAACAGGAACACUGAUUGCAUGUUGGAUGAUGAAAGAGUUUGGGUUGAAUGCUGCUGAAUGCAUGGCUUGGCUUCGGAUAUGUCGGCCAGGAAGUGUUAUCGGGCCUCAGCAGGAUUACCUCGUUGCUAUGCAGAAAUUCUGUUGGUCAAUGUCGCAAAACAACGUGGUGCAGAAAGCGCGACGGCACAACGUUCCAGAUGUGACGGCGAAAAAGUCGCUCGGGAAACUCACGUCCAAGGUGGACGAGAUUUGCCUUUCUCAUCCGAUGCGAGCAGCGACCCUUGGAGAAAACAUUGUACCACGCCCUCGACCGAACAUUCUGCCACUUCGCGGUAGAUCGAAAAAGUCGCUUGACAAAAAUGGGAAUGCUUCAACUCCAGACGACCCGAAUUCAGAGACCGCGAUUGACUCUUUGGGUCGCUCCCAAGGCGAUCGUUUAUUGGCGAUGAAAGCACGUAGUCAGCAUGCUCCUCAUGUCUCGUCGCCUUCCGUACACACCGCCCAUUUACCUACACUGUCGAAUGGCAAUAUUCUUCACAGUCCAGCAGUUUAUAUGAACGGUCGCCAUUCUGGAAGUAACAAGCACAAUGCUGUACCAUCGCCGUUCCCUGCGGCUCAACGGCCAUCUGCGGUUGCUGGGUUUUCGUCUGUGUCGCCUCGUUUUUCCUCUCCUACAACACCGAUCAAACCACUUUCAACGCCUGGCUCGGCUUCUUCAAUAUCAUCUCGUUCGCGUGGGAUUGCACGGAAUCUUGCCACCACAAUGACCCCGGCACCGAUAUCCCGAGUUAUCGUAGCCGCUGGUAAAGGCGCUGCCAAAAAGUUGCCAUCGUCGAACAAAAGUUCAUCACAAGCACUGCGGCGAGACUACGCGGUACAUACAUCUAAUCUCCCUUUGAAGAUUAAACUCCUCAUCCCGUCUCGGUGCGACAGCGGCCGUAACAUCCAUCACACGGAAUUCGUGCUGGAAUUACGCCGACACCAGCCACCGCGUACGACCUUCGCUCUCGUUUUGCCAACUCUUCUCCGAAAAACACUUUGCCAGAUGCUGCACUCAAUCUUCCAGCCAACACCGAAGCACUUAUUGGAGUGA